AUGAUUCAUAUACACGUAGUUAUUAAUGUUAAGUUGUGCUAUGAAAAAGGAACAAUUCGCAGAGGAAAAGGGGGAGUUGGAAGUGGGGGGUUCAGAGUAGCUUGCAUUGAGAAUGUGAUGUUUGAGUGGAGCUUGGAGGAUUCAAGCCUGAGUUUGGUUAAAUCUGUGGAAAGACCAAUUCCCACUCCUGACUGUUCUCUUGAGCCCUGGGAGUAUUGGCUGAGAACUUGGCACGAGGCAGUUUUGGCAAAGGAGGAGAGAAAGAGAAAUAUAUGGAGGCAUGUGUACUGCCUAGAUGAAAGGCAAGACAGGGAAGUCAGCAGCAGCUACAACCCACUGCUCCCGGUGGCCAGGCCCCGCUCAGGGAGCACAGGAUCACCUGCCUACUAUGACCUGGAACAGAACCUGGACUCUGUGGUGAUGGAGGAGUUAUUUGAUCCAGAGGAAAAUCCCUCCCCAGCUCCAUCCUUAGUGGUGCUUCAGGAGUCUGCUGGCACCGGGAAGAUAACCCUGACCAGGAAAAUGGUGCUGGACUGGGCCACCACUAUCCAGUACCCAGGCCAGUUUGAUUAUGUUUUUUUUGUGAGGUGCAGAGAAGUAAUAAUGCUGCCUGAGUGCAGCCUGAACCAGCUCCUGUUCUGGUAUUGUGAGGACAAUCAAGCCCCUAUCACAGAGAUUCUGAAGCAGCCAGAGAGACUGCUGUCCAUCCUGGAUAGCUUUGAUGAGCUACAGAGGCCCUUUGAAUGAGAGCUGAAGAAUCGUCGCUCAAGUCCCAUGGAGAAUGUGCUGCACAUUUUAAUUAGGAGAAAGUCACUUCCCACUUGCUCCUUUCUCCUCACUACAUGGCCCUCUGUUUUGCAGAAUCUGGAGUCCAUACUGGGUGGUGAAUAGUGCCAGGUCCAUGUCUUAGGCUUCUCCAAAGAGGAGAAGUAUUUCAGCUUCUACUUUAUGGAUAAGGAGAAAAUCAGAAAUGCCUUUGACUUUGUACAAAAAAAUGAUGUUCUCUACAAAGCAUGUCAGAUUCCAGGCAUUUGCUGGGUGAUCUGCUCCUGGCUAAAAGGGCAGAUGGAAAAAGGCCAGGUAUCCUGUGAGACACCCAGCAAUAGCACCAACAAAUUCACUGCUGUCUCCACUUUCCUGCCCACUGAUGACAAUGGAGGCUGUUUGGAGCUUACCCAGCACAGGGUCUUAAGGGGCCUGUGUUCCUUGGCAGCUGAGGGGAUCCAGAACCAGAGGUCCCUAUUUGAAGAAGCUAACCUCAGGAGGCACAAUUUAGAUGACCCUAGACUUGCUGUUUUCCUGAGCAGAAACGAUUACCAAGAGGGACUCGACAUCAAGAAGCUCUACAGCUUUUUGCACAUUAGCUUACAGGAGAUUUUUCGUGCCAUGUCCUACCUAAUGAAGGAGGACCAGAGCCAGCUCAGAGAGGAGUCCCAUAGAGAAGUGGACAGGUUGCUGGAGGUGAAGGAGCAGGAAAAGAAUGAAGAGAUGACCCUCAAUGUGCAGGUUUUGUUCAAUGUAUUGAAAAGAGAGAGUUCCUUGAACUUGGAGCUCAAGUUAUGCUUCAAAAUUGCUCCUUCAGUAAUAGAAGGUCUGAUACAUUUUAAAGAACAAAUGGAAUAUAUAAAGCACAACAGGACCUGGGGUCUGGAAUUUUCGUUGUGUGAUACUAAAGUAAAGAAUUUUACAAAGGGUGUUCAGAUAAAUGACAUCUCAUUCAAACAAAAGGAAAUUACAUAG